GAUUCUGCCGGUGAUACUUGCUUAUCACAGGACCAGGCAGUCCCCCCGCAUUUCCAUCUCCACGUUGCCAGAACCUCCAUGGAAAUCAUCAUCAACAGGAGCCAGCUUGUCCUAUUAUAACUUGGACUCCCCUGAAUGCUGCAGCCAUGGCGGAUGAAGAAGACCCUUUGGUCAAGGCACUGCCUCCAGCGACUGACUAUUUGACCUACCUGACUCUCCUCGAAUACCAAUUGACCCCCGCCCGACUCCCGCUGCUGCACAAGCUCCUGCAGGAUGAAACGUUGACCACAAACAUUGGCUGGGACCUGGUCCAGUUGCUGCUUCCUAUGCUUCCACAGUCGCAGGACUGUCUUCAGGAUGUCGCAAGACUAGGGAAUCCUCGAGAGGUUAUUCUCAGAGUCUCGGAUGCUCUGAUGAAGCUGCAGCCGGGGGAGGAUGACGAAGAGACCCAGGAUCAGCUGGAAGAGAGCGAUAAUAGAUUAGAGGAUGUUGAAAAGUUAGAACAAGAUCUCGAAGAUACUGCAAUUGAAAGUGACGAUGAAUCGGACACUGGCACGAGGAAGCUUCCGCGCUUCGUCAUGCAGUUCAAUUGCCUUCUGGCUAUGCUAUCCGUCCUCCAUUCCCGCAUUAAGACAACAUAUCCUAGUCGGUUCCUGGCAACAUCGUUACAGGCAACUUUGGAGGCAUAUACAUUGAUGCCCACCAAUGAAACGACUACUGCUCUUCUGGAGUUCUUCAGAGAUGUGUCGCCGCUGAAGCGGCCCGCGCUGCCACCUCGGGCGGCGAGUGAAUCCUCUCUCAUCAGAGUUUCACAAGCCUCUGCUCCUGAUCCGGAAGCCGAGACGCACAGCCAUCCAUCGACAUCGGAUGAACAGGCAUUGCUUAAGAAGCUUCUACAAUUCGGGUUGAUAGAACUAUUGAAGGCCUGCAUGCUGAGCCUUACGAAUUCAGCUGAGUCGGGAAUGUGCUGGGCUAUACGAUUACACGAAAAAUUGCACCCCGAGUCUCGCAUACCAUCGCUUUUGACUAAGACGGAACAUUAUGCCAGCUCGAAAGCUCUGCGGGAGAGGGAUAUGAUACUGGGAAAGAUCACGGCACUAUCACGAGACUUCGGAAUUGACGACCAGCAAUUGCUACGCAUUAUCUCUAUACCACCCGAGGAACAGCCACCAUUGCUCGACUUCGAAGAGAUUCCUAAAUCAGCCGACGAGAUAUCACUGGAGAGACAUGGAUCAUUGCUGUUACUGGCGGCGCGGGUCGCAAACAAGAAGAUAUUUUCCUCAGGCCAGGAAGUUGUGCAAAUUCCAGUGUUUCCCGAUCUUGCUCGUAUAUUCUUCAAUUUUAUCGGCAAGCCGACCGCUACUGAGGGAGUGAAUAUCGAACAACCGCAGAGUAUCGCAGUCGAUCAGGAAUAUGAGGACUUUGUGCUCACAUUGACGGCGUGCACAUCUCAUCAGAUCUACAAUACUAUCCGACGCAUCCCGGCUGUUGUCGUACAUAGUCACCCCUCAUCAACCUCCCGGUUUAAGAUCAUUCGCAGAGCUCUAGAGAAGGAGAACCUGCUUUUCGCAAGGGAUAGUGCAAUCGGAUGGCUGAAAGAUGAAAUACUGUCGUCUACUGCAGAUAUGGAAGGUGGCACGGCAGGAAAAACCACCGUCUCUUUCCCAGAUCCUCAAGUCUUCGCAGAUCCGCACUACUUCUCCGUUCUCUUCCCACUAUUAUUCAACUCGGGCGAGUUAUCACUCGAUACUACGUCUGGAAUUGUCGCCUCGUGGUUAAGAUUUUCUCAAUCUCUUGCGCCCUCAAUACAUGCUUCCCUAAGUCUCUAUUAUGUGUUGCUCUCUUCACCAAAGCUCCGCCAGCUCCUCGAGCUCGAAAAGACAUACCCCUAUUUCCAAAACAAGUUCCUGGGGCCCUUAAAGUCUCUCUGUCGAGCAUUCGAGAGCGAUCUGUCUAAAAUGGGCGGUGACGGCCGGAUUGAAUCUGCAAUUGGAGAGGAGCUGUGUGAGAUCGGAAUGGCACGUUCUGUCGGCCUUAUAUCUCUGUUGAUUGAGCAAGUCGAAGAGACGCUUGCAGAUGUGUUUGAUAUUGAAGAAGCAGCACUGAAAGAACCAAGUGCAGAUGAUAUUGCCAAAGUGGCGGAAAUUCGCACAAAGACUGCCUCUUAAGCGUUCAGAAUGAUGUGUUAAGACGUCAAUACGAAUAUACACGAGCCACUUAGCAUCUUCUUAAGAUGGCUUAUUGCUAGUGGGACUUCUAUGAAGUAUGUAUCUCUGUUCUGUUUUUGGCUCAGGGUUGGGCCCGGAAUGUUGAAAGCGUGUGUUGCACAGUAGAAUCACAAUAGAC